AUGGCGUCAAACCAAGUAAAGAACGGCGCUGUUGCCUCGAAUGGGUAUGGCAAGGAAAAGUCCCCCUCUUCAGCUUCUUCAAGCCAGAAGAAUGAGGUUCCUGCCCCGCCUCACAACAAGAGUGAGGGUCUGGUCAAGAGCAUCAAGAAGCUCCGCCUGGCUUCAAAGAGACCUCUUCCGACAGAGAUGGGCGAUGGAUCGUACCGACAGGUUGCGACUCGUCCAGGAUUGAAGCAAGAUGUUCGUCGUCUUCGCGGAAAAGAUCUCAAGACAUUGCUCGAAAUCAUCUCAAGUAAACUCAAGGGUGAGAUGCAGCAGGAUGACAAGACCAUGAUCAUGGAGCGAACGAUUCAGCUGGUUGCAAAUUUGAGCGAUCAUUCCAAAGUCCAGGAGGCUUUGACGAAUAGCUUCAUUGCGCAGCUCUGGAACUCGAUUGAUCACCCGCCUAUGCUGUACAUGGGAAACAAGUAUCGUUUCCGCCAGCCUGACGGAUCGUGGAACAACCCUUAUCUUCCCCAGCUUGGUGCCGCUCGAACACCAUACUCGAGAACAGUGCGCCCCAAGGGAAUGAACCUGGGCGCUCAGCCUGACCCGGAGGCCAUCUUCGAGUCUGUCUUUGCGAGAGGUAUUUUCCGCAAGAACCCGAACAAUGUGUCGAGUAUUCUCUGGUACUGGGCUACCAUUAUCAUCCAUGACCUUUUCUGGACAAACACCAAAGACCCAGACCAGAACGACUCAUCCUCAUACCUCGACCUCGCCCCUCUCUACGGCUCAACCGAGAAAGACCGUGACUCGAUCCGUACAUUCAAGGAUGGCCAGCUCAAGCCCGACUGCUUCGCUGACAAGCGUCUCAUCGGCAACCCUCCCGGUGUUCCCAUCAUCCUCAUCAUGUUCAACCGCUUCCACAACCACGUCGCGACCAACCUUGCCGAUAUCAACGAAGGCGGUCGCUUCAGCAAGCCUGGCGCUCACCUCGACGCCGAAGCCGCUGCUGCCGCGUGGAAGAAGCGUGAUGAGGAGCUUUUUGAAACCGCCAGAUUGGUCACGAGUGGAUUGUACAUCAACAUCACUCUCAUUGACUACGUGCGCAACAUCAUCAACUUGAACCGUGCUGACACUACUUGGACUCUCGAUCCUCGCCAGGAGAUGGGUGUCUCUGUUGGUACCAAGAACCUUUCCGAGAGCGGUACUGGAAACGUUGUUUCAGCCGAGUUCAACCUCUGCUACCGCUGGCACUCAUGUCUCUCGGAGAUGGACGAGAAAUGGGUUGAGGAUUUUUACACUGAACUUCUCGGUGAGAACUACGGCCCCAUGAACCUGCAGACCAUGAUGAGGGCUCUCAAGGCAUUCGAGGCAACAGUCGCCGAAGAGCCUUCCGAGCGUACCUUUGGCGGCUUCAAGAGAGGCCCCGACGGCAAGUUCAAUGAUGAUGAGCUUGUUGAGGCACUCGCCACGGCGAUUGAACAGCCUGGUGGUGCUUUCGGUGGUCGUAACGUACCACGUAUCAUGAAGCCCAUCGAGAUGCUGGGUAUCAUGCGCGGUCGCAAGUGGAACUUGGCUGGUUUGAACGAGUUCCGAAAGCACUUUGGUCUCAAGGCGUACGAUACCUUUGAGGACAUCAACUCGGAUCCUGAAAUCGCUGAUGCUCUGCGAAACCUGUACCAGCACCCCGACUUCGUCGAACUGUACCCCGGUAUCGUCGCAGAGGAGGCAAAGACACCUAUGGUUCCCGGUGUUGGUAUCGCUCCCACGUAUACAAUCUCCCGAGUGGUUCUCUCGGAUGCUGUGGCUCUUGUUCGUGGUGACAGGUACUACACUAUUGACUACCAUCCCCGCAACCUGACCAACUGGGGUUAUAAGGAGGUUGACUACGACCUCAACAUCAACCAUGGUUGCGUCUUCUACAAGCUCUUCCUCCGCGCAUUCCCUCAGCACUUCAAGGGUAACUCUGUAUACGCUCACUACCCCAUGGUGAUCCCCACAGAGAACCACAAGAUUCUCACCGACCUGAAGCGCGUGGAUCGUUUCGAUUUCAGCCGUCCUGCACCCACAGCCACACGUAUCAACAUCGUGGGCUACAAGGCGGCUAAGUACAUCUUGGAAGACCAGACCAAGUACCGCGUCUGCUGGGAGGAGGGCCUCAAGCACCUCAUGGGCGAGGGAGGAGGUCGCUUCAUGCUGUCUGGCGACACAGCACUGCACGCACAGCAGCGCAAGUGCAUGGGUCGUCUGCUGUACAACGAUACCUGGCGCAACGCGGUUAAGUCGUUCUACUCGACAACAGCCGAGAUGCUUCUGAAGGAAAAGUCGUACACGCUCGCGGGCAAGAAGCAGGUCGAUGUCGUGCGCGACGUGGGCAACGUUGCACACACACACUUUGUCGCGAGGAUGUUCAACCUGCCUCUCAAGACGAAGCAGAACCCCAAGGGUGUCUUUUCGGAGCAGGAGCUGUACAUGAUCCUGGCGGUUAUCUUUGUUUGCAUCUUCUUUGACAUUGAUCCUGCCAAGUCUUUCCCUCUGAGACAAGCCGCCAGAGAGGUUGCACAGCAGCUGGGUAAGAUUGUGGAGAUGAACGUCAAACUGGCUACCAGCGUUGGCAUCAAGGGACUGUUCACCAGCAAGCCCAACAAGAACGAUGACCCGCUUGCUGCGUAUGGUGAGAACAUGGCCAAGGGUCUCAAGAAGGCUGGUCUGAGCAUUGAUGACAUCGUGUGGAGCCAGAUCUUGCCCACCGCUGGGGCUAUGGUGCCGAAUCAGGCUCAGGUGUUUGCUCAAACCUUGGAUUGGUAUCUUUCGCCUGCUGGUGAGAAGUAUCGCCCUGAACUUCAUCGUAUUGCCGCUCUAGAGACAGGCGACGAGACGGAUGCUCUUCUGCUCGGUUACGCGAUGGAGGGUAUUCGUAUGGCUGGAACAUUCGGACUGUACCGAGAAGCCACAACGGCGGAUGUCAUCCAAGAAGAUGACGGACGUGAAGUACCCGUCAAGGCUGGCGACAGGGUCUUCGUUUCCUUCGUCACUGCUGCCAAAGACCCCAACAUCUUCCCCGACCCCGAGGAAGUCGAUCCUCGUCGGCCGCUGGACUCGUAUAUCCACUAUGGCGUAGGCCCACACGCAUGUCUUGGAAGGGACAUCAGCCAGGUUGCGCUGACGGAGCUAUUCAGAGCCCUGUUCAGGAAGAAGGGCCUUAGGAGGGUGGCGGGUGCGCAGGGAGAGCUCAAGAAGGUGCCUCGACCUGGUGGUUUCUUUGUGUACAUGACGGAGGACUGGGGUAGCAUUUGGCCGUUCCCUACAAGUAUGAAGGUGACUUGGGAUGAGUAA